UACACUCAGUGACAGGACACAAGUAGAGAAGCCGGGCAGCCAGGAGCUGUCAGGGAGGGCCGGGCUCAGGCUAGUGACGUCACCGCAGUGCGCCGCAUGGUUACGUGGAGGAGAUGGGGGAGAGCUGCGGCGGCCGCUAAUAACACUGCGCAUUGUGUGUGUGCAGGGGCCGGCGUCAUGGAGCCAGAGGACCCGGAGAGGAGGAGAAAGCUGGAGGCCGGCAAAGCCAAGCUUGCCCAGUUCAGACAACGCAAGGGACAGCCAGACAGCCAGUCUUCAGCAAAGAAAACCAAAAAGAAGAAGUCGUCCUCUAGCUCCAAGCAACAGGAUCACCCCGAUGAGGCUUCAGAAGCCGCCUUAUCACAGAGCGAUGACACCCGCUCCCAGGCGGCUCCAAGUGGGGCCAGUACCACUGCUGAGUUCACCAUCAUGAGAACAAUGCCCCAUGGGGAAACUAUUAAACAUGACAAGACGUAUACCAUAGAGCCUGAAAGCGAAGUGUCCACCACUGCUGACGAUUAUAGCUCGGAGGCAGUGGCUGAUCAUUUUCUCCUAUCAUCAGACAGUGCAUCACACACACAUUGGGAGGAAGAGUUUGGGGUCCAGGAGACUUUCUCUGAGCGUGGAAACCAGAGCUCGCUGUCGCGGCUGGAGGUGAUGGAGGAUGAGCUGGCUGGAAAGCGGCAAGAGAUUGAAGAGUUGAACAGGGAACUGGAAGAGAUGAGGGCAGCCUACGGCACCGAAGGACUGCAGCAGCUUCAGGAGUUUGAAAUGGCCAUAAAGCAGAGGGACAGCAUUAUCACCCAGCUGACCACCAAUCUCCAGCAAGCACGGAAGGAGAAGGACGACAUCAUGCGGGAAUUUCUGGAUCUUACAGAACAAAGUCAGAAGCUGAAGAUCCAGUUUCAGCAUCUACAGGCCGGAGAGACCUUGAGGAACACCAGCCACACGAGUACAGCCGCCGAUCUCCUUCACUCUAAGCAACAGCUAUUCACUUACCAGCAGCAGCUAGAGGAGCGGGGUCACCAGCUGCGGCAGUGCCAGAAAGAGAAUGAGGACUUCCAGACCCAGGUCAUCUCUCUGCGAGAACAGAUGCACAUCCUGCACCAGGUACAACAGAAAGAACUUGAAUUAUCUCACAAACAAAAGAUGAAUGAAAAGGAUUUGGAGCUCGAUAGCCUGAAAUCUGCUUUACACAACGAGGAAAUCAAGUGCCUGGAACUGAAAGAGCGAAUUAGUGCAUCUGAGAAAUCUGCCGAUGAGCUGCGGGAACAAUUAACCCAGAAGAUCCAGGAAAUAAAUAGUCUUUGCGACGAGCUGAACAUUUCUAAACAAAAGGAGAGGAGAUCCUCGGAUGAAAUCAAGCAGUUAAUGGGCACCGUAGAAGACCUACAGAAAAAGCACUAUAAAGGCAGUCAGUCGGAGGCAGACCUUGUUCAGCGAAUGGAAUUAGAGACACAAAAGAAACUGGAACAGCUUCAGGCUGAGCUAGACGAGAUUCACGGACAGCAGAUUGUACAAAUGAAGCAGGAGCUGGCCAAGCAGCACGCGCUGGAUAUAGAGAGGCUCCUCGUCCAGCACAGGCAAGAGGUGGACAACGUCAACAGCCAAACAACCAUCCGCGUGACCAACGAUCAAAUAAAUGAACUUAAUGCAGUCAUUAGUGAAUUAAAUGCUAGAUUGCUGCAGUCUGACGAGCAGAGGAUUAAAAUGAAGGAAGAUUUCUCCCAGAGACUAGAGACUGUUUCGUCAGAAAAAUCACAUCUGCAAAGGCAAAUUGAAGAUUUGCUACAGGACUUGAGCUAUGCCAGGGAACAGGUUCAUAGGGUCAAGCAGAGCCUCACUGAAAAGGAGAACAAGCUCAACGAGGCCAGCAGUUUGUUCGUCACAAUCGACAACCUCAAAGCGGAGCUGGCCGCAGCCAAUGAAUCUACCAAAGAAUUGGAAUCGAAACACGAGGCUGAAGUAACCAAUUACAAGAUCAAGCUGGAAAUGCUGGAGAGAGAGAAGGACGCGGUACUGGACCGGAUGGCCGAAUCUCAAGAAGCCGAGUUUGAGAAACUCAGGACACACUUUUUAUUCAGUCAGGAAGAGGAGCUCACUAAACUCCGGGAGGACUUAACGCUUGAGCAUAAGACAAACCUUGAGAACCUGAAGGAUAACUUAGAAGUACAGUACAAACAGCAAAUAGAUCAGAUGCAAGAUGAAAGUAGUCGGACCAUCACUGCCAUGCAGUCAGAAAACGAUAGUUUGAUAACCAAACAGACUAGUCUAAUGCAGGAAAUUUCUACUAUGAAGGACUUAAUGCAAUCUGUCAGAGACCCCAAGUCAGAGGAGCUGAUGAUUCAGGUUAAUGAACUGCAGAAACAGUUGGACUAUUUGAGGAACGAGGAAAAGGAGAAGGGGACAAUUGAGCAAGAAGUUCAGGCUUUGCAGCUGAGAAUUGAGUUCCUGGAGAACGAAGUGAAAGACAAAGACGCCCUCAAUUUAAAGUUGACGGUCCUGGAGGACGACAGUAGACUUCUCAAAGAUAAAAACGAGACUUUGGAGAAUAUCUUGAAAGAGUGCAACACGGAAAUCUGCGAAAACCUUCCCGAACUGGUUCACUCUGGUCACUUCGAUGUUAAAAAUAACAUUGAAUUUCUCAUUUCGGAAAACAAACGACUCCAAAACCUAGAACUUCAGCUGAAAGAGGAGAUUCAGCGGCAGAAAAACACAUUCUCUUUUGCCGAGAAGAAUUUUGAGGUCAACUAUCAUGAACUUCAGGAAGAAUACACCUGUCUGGUAAAGGUGAAAGAGCAGUUAGAAGACAGUAAAUCAAAGCUAGAGAAAGAGUCUAGAAUGCAGUUAGUAGCUGUUAAUGAUGAGCUUGCAAAGUUGAAAGGGGUUUCAGCAGGGGAGGACCAGUUGGGUCCUUCAGAGUCGAUCAAUGCCGAUAAACUAGGUGGUGGAGAAAUUGUUGAGAAGGACACCACUGAAUUAAUGGAAAAACUGGAAAAUGUCCAACGUGAUAAACAAGAACUAUCGGCAAAGCUUUCCAAUCUCAUCGAACAGUUACAGGUAAAGCAAAAUGAAAUCAACCGGCUAAAAGAACAAGUGAAUGCAUUAUGCUUUGAAAGAGACCACGUUCUAUCCGAGAACAUCCAAAAGAGCAAACAAGGCAAUGGUAGUGAGUCUACUGCUAAAGGUGAACAUUUGGUAGACUACAAAGUGAUUUCAGAUGAUAGUCCCCUCUUGCCUUUAUCCCCACAAGUUUACAACGUGUCCAAACAGCCUGAGCUUUCUGUUGUAGAGAGAGACACACAUUUAGAAAGGCUGCAGGAGUUGACUAGUAAACCCGACUCUGGAUCUUCACUGCCAGGGUGCGAUCAACCGGAAAAAGAUGCUCUUACGCAGACACUGGAUAUACUUCAGGAUCAGGAGGCACAGCGUGUCAGUCUCACUCAGACCCCCAAGGCUCAUUUGGAGCAGAUCAGUGAAAGCUUCCAUGCUGAUACGGAGAGCGAGCGUUGUAGCCUCCGAGAUUCGCUGCUCACAGCUCAAGACCAAAGAACACAAGUGCUGCAGGAUGUGCCCCAUCCAGAAUUAGUGCAACACACAGCUGUUGAAGGGGAAACCUGUCAGGUUCUUACAGAAACGUUGAUGAAGAUCAUCAAUAAAGAAUGUGAUCAUAUUAAUCAGAUUCUUUUUGGAAGAUUGACCGAUAAGGAAGAUAAGGCCGAGGGAACACAAAUGUUGGAGGAUGUCGCGCACUUUACAUGUUUGGAACAACACAGAACUGCGGUGCAAACUCUACAUACAAACCUGACAGUACUCCUGGAGAGGUUUUUGAAAGAAUAUAAACAAAUGAGAGAUAUUUCCAGUUGCGUGGAAAAGACAGGGGAUCUCCAUAGUAGAAGAGAAGAUCCAGACAUAACUGGGGUGAGGCAGAUUGUGAUCGAGUCUCAGACCUCAGCACUGAGCCGAUCAGUGAAUCUGCUCUCCUUAGAUGUGCAGGAAUCGGCAUCAGAGGAAGUUGAGAGACUAAAGAUUGAGUUUAGCCAGCAAAGAGCACAGCUUGAAGACAAGCACUCUGAGGAAAUUGAGCACCUGCGAGCGUACUUCCAGCAACAGCUGCAGGAAAAUGAAGAUCGAUUUUCAACAGAGAUAAUCCAUCUGCAGGAGCAGUUUCAGGACGUCACAGAGGGCUCUGUGCAGUUCAGGGAGCUGUGUGAGAAUGAAGCUGGAGUGGGGCUCGGGUUACAGGAAGCUGCCAUAUUUCAGAGCGUUUGUGCUUCAGUUCCUGAUAUGCAGAAGACCGAUGAGGUAGCACAAAUGGGAGAACAUUCAGUAAGGAUGCCCGGUGGUCCAAUUUACCAUCAAUUGCAAACUCUGAGACAAGCGCUGUUUUCAAAGUAUGUAGAAGAGGUGCAUGCCCUGAAGAAGCAGCAUGAAGCAGAGCUGAGUCAGCUAAGAGCAGACCUGACGGAAAAACAUGACCGUGAAAACGCUGCUAUGAAACAGGAGAUCGCUCGCCUGACCAGCGCCAAGCAAGAAAUCCUCAACGGCAGCCUCCAGGCACCGACUCUGGUUACUCGGACAGAGGAGAAGAAUCCUGUUGACUUAAAUCAGUUAUUGGAGGAACGCUACCAUGAGAAAAUUGAGGAAGAAAUUGCACGAGUUAUUGUUGAGAUGACCAUAGCAUUUGCCCAGCAGACUGAGCUGACACGGCUGUCCUCCCAGAAGACUGUAGACAGCAAGGUCCGUGAUAUUGAGGUCACUGACCAGGAUGGACAGAAGUUGGGUGACGAGCAGAGACCAGAGUCGCAGCCCUUGGAAGGGAAACUCCAGGGGGGAAUCCAAUUAAAGGAAAUGCCUGAGAGUGACGAGCAGGAUGUGGAUUUAAUUAUUGCACAGUCCUCAAUUACAGCUUCUAAUGAAAAAGAGAUGACCCCAGAAGGGCGCAAUACAGACCUUGGAAUAGAGGCUCUUUCUAAGGAUAAAACUCUGGUCCUUAAAGAAAAGGACUAUAACCAGUUGGUUGCCAUGGGUGCAGAAAGCGCCAAAUUCAAACAAAUGUAUGAGGAGCGAGUGGAGGAAAUGUCGCAGGAGCUGGUGAGGCAGGAGCAGGAGUACCAGCAAGCGACCGAGGCCUUGAGGCUGGCUCAUACGGCACAGCUGGAGAGACAGAUGUACGACCAGGAACAGCUCCUUGCAGAUCUGCACCAGCUCAGGACACAACUAGCAGAGAAUGCAUCAGCGAUCAGUGAAAAUCAGGUCACGGAGAGAGAGAAGAUAUUGCUGGAGGAGCUGGAGACCAUGAAACAGUCCUGCGCAGAAGCCGCUGGCCGGACGCCUGUCACCACUGUGCAGGAUAGCAGCUCUCAGACACAGCAUGAACCUGAGCCUCAGCCAGAGAGGGAAGAGUGUGAGCAAGAAGAUGGAGAAAGGAAAGUGGAGGACAAGGAGAUCCCUUCAGGUGACGUCAGCUCUGAGAGGAAAAGCCUGAAGAGGGCCAAUAAGCACUUACUGAAGAUUCUUCUGGAAGUAGUGAAGACGACGGGCGCGGUGGAAGAGACCAUAGGGCGGCACGUCCUCAGUCUGCUAGACAAAUCUGGAAGGCGGCAAUCUGUUCCCAAGGUGUCUGUUUGGAGCACCAAGCCGGAGGAGCUACAAGCUGCGUCUGCCGCGGGGGUCACGGUUACUGCAGGUCCUGGUGAUGUGGACAGCGGUGCUGAGGGACAGGAACCAGGUACUCAAUCAGAAGCCGUUGAUGAGGAGGUGGAUGUUCCCCUGCAGCUCACUGAGGGAGACGUGUGUGGGACAGAUAUAAGCCCUGAAGAUGAAGCCCAGAUACUCAACAUCAGCAACCGACUUCAGGCCGCUGUGGAGAAACUGCUGGAGGCCAUUAACGAGACGAGCAAUCAGCUUGAACAUGCCAAAGCGACACAGACCGAGCUGGUGCGGGAAUCCAUCAAGAGGAAGCAGGAGACUACUGACCUGCUCAGAUGCCAGGAAGAGCUUCAAGAAAGACUCAACGAGGAGGCCAGCGCUAGAGAGCACUUGGUCCUGGAACUCAGCAAAGCAGAAGGCCUCCUCGAUGGGUACUCGGACGAGAGAGUCUUUCUUGAAAAGCAACUGCAGGAAAAGAGCGAUCUCAUCCGGCAUCUCGAACAGGAGCUACAAAGUACAGGUAACCGAUUGCAGGAACUGGAGCAGGACCGGCAGCAGAUAGAAGAGGAAAAGGAGCUGCUCUCCCGGCAGAGAGAAGCCCUGAAAGCCGACGCAGCACCAGCUGAGCAGAGCUUAGUAGAAGCUGCAGUCGUUGCAGCUCCCAAAGAAGAGCUGUUAGAAGAGACUGAGAAGCUCUUGAAGGAGAGAAUCGAGGUCCAGCGCCAAGCGGAGAAGGACUCGGGGGAUCUCCACAAACAAGUGAAAGUGCUGGAGGCUGAGCUGGAAGAGCAGGUGAAUCAUUACACGGAACUGGAACAGGAGAAAAAUGCUGAUCUGGUGGAUCUCCGCCAGAAGAACAUCUCCCUGGAGAAACAGCUGGAGAAGACACGCAGGUUCUUAGAUGAACAGGCAGUGGAUCGGGAACACGAGAGAGAUGUGUUCCAACAGGAAAUCCAGAAGCUCGAGCAGCAGCUUAAAAUGCCACAAAGACAUCAACCUGUUAAUGAUCAUCAAAGCAAUGAGGUGGAGAAGCUGGAGAGCAGCCUGAAGGAAAAGACGGACAAGUGCAGUGAGCUUCUACUGUGCAAAGAGCAGCUGCAGCGGGACGUGCUGGAGAGGAAUGAGGAGAUUGAGAAGCUGGAGUGCAGGAUCCGGGAGCUGGAGCAGGCCCUGAUUAUAAGCGCGGACAGUCUGCAGAAGGUGGAGGAGAGAAGGACCUCUAUCGUCCUUGGAGUAAAGGGAGAAAUGCCUCUUGAAGCCCAGCUCCAGGUGGAGCGAGAAGCAAUAGACAGAAAAGAGAAAGAGGUCACAAACCUGGUGGAGCAGCUGGAGCAGUUCAGGGAGGAGCUGGAGAAUAAGAACGAGGAGGUCCAGCAGCUUCAUAUGCAGCUAGAGAUCCAGAGAAAAGAGUCUGCCACCCGGCUGCAAGAGCUGGAGCAGGAGAAUAAAGUUCUACAGGAAGGAAUCGAAAAGACACAACAGGAACAUCAAGAGACCAACUCGUCUAAGCUGCCUCAUUUCAGAGCAGACAAGGUGGAGGAAAUAUUGCUAUCGAAAGACCAGGAGAUCAGUCUACUGAAUGAGCAGAUAGUAAACUCACAGGCACAACUUGAGGCUGCAACAUAUAGCAAGUUGAUUGAGGAGAAAAACGAAAAACUAAAGGAGUACAAGAGCCAGAUUAAAUGCUUGAAAAGUGAUCAGGAACGUUUGAAGAAAAACAGCGAGGAGGAGGUAGAAAAGCUCAAUGAAGUCAUAGAGAAGCUACAAGACGAGUUGUCUCGUAUAGAGCAAAAAGUGCCAGUGGAAGUCACCAGUGCAGAGGACAGGCAGCACCAGUUUGCAGACCUGGCUGACAGGGAAGACCUCUUACAGUCAUUGUCUGGAGAAAGCGAUGUCACUCUCGCCAACACGAAGGAACAAAAGCUUGGUGCCAAUAGAAUGAUGAGCACUACAGUGGCAGAGACUGAGAACAUGUCCAGUAGCCAAAGGGAAAAUGACGUAUCAAGUCCAUCCAGCCAAGUAUCCGUACCUCUGCGGGAAGACGUCCGCAUUGCUAUGCAGGACAUGGAGUCUCAGUUGCAACAGCUGCAGCAGGUUAUUAAAGAAAAAGAUGCAUCUCUGAAACAGUAUUAUGAUCAAGUUAUGACGUUGAAAGAACAGACCCAAGUGAUACAAGAGUUGAACGAGAUAAUCGGGAGGCUUCAGCUGAAACUAGCAGACAAAGACAAUAAAAUAUGUGAAGUCGAUUGUUCUAAACACCAGAUUAAUUCUGUGAGCAGAGAAAAAUUAAUAAUUCCAAGAAUUGAAAUAUGUGACACCGAUGUGACCCCCUUGAACAGUAAGCUGGAGUCAACUAAGGCCGAACUAGAACAAUUAGAGAGAGAGCUGGAAAACAUUAGGAAUUCUUCAGAAAACAUUGCAGUUAAUAAGGUUGCUGCAAUCAAAUCAGAGGACAAGAUUGAUGCAUGUUAUACAGUUAGCACAGAGAAGCUGACGGAGGCUUUGAGAGAAAAAACAGCACAGCACUUGGCAAUUGAAGCCUUACUGGCAUCGGUGCAGGAGGCUUCUGAGAGCACAAUACAUCGUCUGGAGAGUCAGUUGCAAGAUCUCCAGAAAACUGUACAAGACAAGGACUCGCAACUGCUGCAACUUGCAAGCUCCACACACCUGCUUGAAAACCAAGAGAUAGAACGUCUGAAUGCCAUGAUCAGAACUUUACAGCAGGAUUUAGCAGACUUCAAGCAAAAAGGCUUGGUGGAUCCUAAUGUUGAGUCAAUGGAUAGAGAAAGUCAAACCUUAAUGGAAAGCAACAAGUCAUUGCUGCAGAAGGUAGAGGGGCAUGAAGGGGAAGCAAUACGAGCUGUGGCUGAGCUUGAGGAGACAAAAAUGGAGCUGACUGUAUUGAAAGAAGAGCUGGAAAAACUGAGGGAGGCUCAAAAACAUAUUGGCGUAAGUGAGGACAGCGAUUCUGGAAAAAGUGCAACUGCCAAAGAAGGGAUUCUAGUGACCAAUCUAAAAGAAACCUUGCUUGAAGAGACUGCACAGGCAUUAGUCAACCAAGCUAUGGUCACCGCCAUGGAAGAGACCACUUUGAAAACUUUCCGGAAUAUGGAGUUACAGUUGCAAGACCUUCAAAACGUCAUCCAGCAGAAGGAUUCAGUAUUGCUGCAGUAUGUGAACCAGAAAGACUUGCUCAUCCAGCAGACAGAGGAGGUCGAGCGGCUGAAUGAGGUGAUCCGAACACUCAAGCAGGAAUUCUCAGAAGUAGGGCGUAAAGUCUCAAUAAAUUCCGAGGUUGAGACAAAGGCUAGAGAAAGCGUCACAAGCCAUGAGGGAGUAUUAAUAGAAAACCAGGAGUUUUUGGUACAGAAAGCAGAAUUAGAUGGUGGUGAGGCCAUGCAAGCAAAGGCAGAGCUUGAGGAGGCAAGAAUAGAGCUUACUCAUUUGAAAGAAGAGUUGGAAAAACUGAGAGAGUCUCAGAAACACAUCAAUGUAACGGAACAAAAUGCAUCCAGUGACCGUGAAACCACCAAAGAGGGACUAAAGGCAGCCCAUCUGGAAGAAGCAUUGAUCGAAAAGACCUCCGAGCUCUUAGCAAGUCAAGCAAUGAUUACUUCUCUGGAAGACGCCACCCAAGCUGCUAUCCACAAUAUGGAGUCACAAUUACAACAACUUCAAAAAGAGAUUCAGGUGAAGGAUUUAGAGUUGCUGCAGUAUGUCAAUCAGCAAAACCUGCUCAACCAGCAAGUGAAGGAGAUCGAGCGACUGAAUGGUGUGAUUGAAACUCUCUGCCAAAAAUCACGCGAAGCGGGGCAGUGGACCUCCAUAGAGAAAUCAGAAAGUAGCUCACAUCAGCUUAUAGCUCAGUGGCCAGAGACGUUAGCCCAGCACAUGAAUGGUAAUACAGCAGAUACCGCCAAUACAUUGGAGGCCAAAACAGGGGUCAACUGUUUGAAAGAAGAGCCAGGACAGAUGCAAAGGACAUUUCUUGCACAAGACGCUGGUCAAAGCGAAUCUAGUAGAUAUGCCACACUUGUCACACAGAGUACUGUCCUUGGUGACCGUGUGGAUAAAGUAUUGGGAGAGAAGACUGAAAACCAAGUUUUAGUUCCCUCUGUCCAAGAGACCAUGCAGAGUACAAUAGACAGCAUGGAAUCUCAGUUGCAGGAACUUCGUAAAGUUAUUAAAGAGAAAGAAUUGGACAUUUUGCUGAAUUCAGAAGAGAUUGAGACUCUCAAAGAUCAGUUAAAGGUGGAAAGUGAUCAUCAUAGUCAGAUUAUGUUGGACAUGGAGGACACACUCAGGGAAAAAGUGGCUGCAGCUCUCGUGAGUGAAGCCCAACUGAAAGCCUUUCAAGUGCACGCCAAACAGGUGCGUGAAGACGAUAGGUCCUGCAUCCUGGAGAAAGAAUCCACAGCAUUGCAGGCAAUUGUGUCUGAACACUCCAUGGAGGAGGGAGCAGAGCCAGAUGUGACUGUACUGACUUUAAGACUGCUAGAGCUGGAGAAGCAGCUGUCUGACCUCCAUGAGCAGCUGGAAGAAGAACGGGAUCUGGUCAACAUCGCAAACCAACAGGUAGCUGAGAAAGAGCAACAACUCUACGAACUGCAACAAGUCUUGGACAGCACAGGGGGGAAGCAAGAUAUGGACUGGGCACAAAGUCAUGUGGAAAAUGUAGAUUCUGCAAUAUCACAGGGAAAUUAUGAUGAAUCUUAUAGCACCGUGAUUGAUCUGGAGCGCAAGGUCCAAAUAAUUGAAGCAGAAGGAAGAGUAACCAAAGAAGAACUGAAUCAUUACAGAGAGAUGACAGAAACACUUAGACAGGAGCUGACGGUAAAAGAAUCCAGUUUAGCCCAUCUUGAGGAAGACCUUCAAGAGCUGAAGAAAUGUUUUGCCCACGCUGAGGAGAAAUUGGCCUUUUACAUGCAAAGGGAACUUCAGCAGCUGCAACAACAAAGCACGUCUGGUAUAGACUCCACGGACAGUGUUAGGAGCACAGAUUGGACUUCCUCUGACAAGACAACCUCAUCAUCGCAGACUGAUAAGGUUUCAAGUGUUAACAACAGCAACCAGACCUCCCAUGUUCACCAGAAGCACAUAGGAGUGCAGAAUGAACUGGGGGUCACACAACUGGGCAACAGCUCUGACCAGGUGGCUGAAUUAAUGGAGCGCUAUUCAGAUAAGAUCGGCCAAAUGCAGGAGCUCCACGCGGCGGAGAUACUAGACAUGGAGGCCCGGCACAUUAGUGAGGCGGACUCUUUGAGGAGAGAUCAGUACGCUGUGGUCCAGGCUCUUACUGAGGAGUGCGACGCCUUGAAAGCCGUAAUUGAAGCCUUGAAAACCUCAGCAGGUGGUGCGCCGGAUUCUGCACUGUCUACAUCAUUUCACUUCACAGACGCUGCCUCUAGUGAGUGUGAUUGGAGCCAGGGAACAUACGAUGUACAGAGCUUUGACCAGCUCCCAGGGCUGACAGCAGAGGGCGACAUUCCAACAGAGUUAAUUCCGAGCCAGAUCAAGGACUUGUUGAGGGCCGUCCAUCAGGAGGGAAUGCAAGUUUUGUCGCUGACCGAAGCCGCCAGCCCCGAUAAAGAGACCUCUUUCCCUGUGAACGCACAGUCCUGGCAUCGGGAAAGAAAAGCUUUACUAGAGACCAUUGGUUCCCUGAAAGCCUUGAUCAGGAAAAUACAGGUCCACAAGGAGUCUGAGCCUCAUACACGGUCAGAUAUUCAUGACCUGACCCCGGACUGGAGGGGAGAGCUGCUGAGGGCGAUACAGGAAGUCUUCUGCAGAGAGCAGGAUGUGCUGAUGUCAGCUUUCCAUACGCAGCUGACCGCACUGGCCAACUGCAAUGCACCUGCGCUACUGAACCAAAUGCAGCACAGGCUACAGGAGCAGGGGAUGGAGCAAAUAAAUGCCAUGGACUGCAUACAGAAUGCUGACCGGCGGAGUUUGUUGCUUGAAAUUCAGGAUCUGCGAGCCCAGCUGACAAACUUGCAGAGUGAUGCUGAAGUCAGUCCAAUAUUUCAUGCAAACACUGAAGCAGGGGGCGCACAGCACAUUCAGCAGGAUCAGCCCUCACACUCGCAAGAAAUUCACUUACAGCUCAACAGUCUGAGUGCAAAAGCCGCCGAGCUGCAGGAACAGCUGGCCUCCGAGAGGCUCUCGUCAGCCGAAGUCAAGAACGAACUUGCGCUAACCAAGAUGGAGCUGGAAUCUGCGCUCAAACUGCAGCACAAGCACUUUAAAGAACUGGAGUCUGUCAGGUCGGAGGCCAAGAAGAAAAGGGAGGAACUGGACAGUAUUAGUGAUGCAUUAGCAAAUGAACAAAAGAAGAGCAGAGAGUUCCAGUGGUCUCUGGAGAAGGAGAAGACAAAGAGGGAACGCAAUGAGCAGCGACAAAAGGAAGAGCUGGAGGAUCUUCAAAUACUUUUAGAGGACCAGAAGGCCAAGAAUCUGGAGAUCAGCAAGCGUUUGGAAGAGGAAGAGCAGCUGGUUAAGGAACUCCAAGAGCAGAUAGCAUCCAGGGAGAAUCUGCAUGAAGCUAAGCUAUCCCAAGAGCGAAGCAAAGUAUCAGAGCUUCAGGCUUUUCUGGAUGCCGAAAAGACUCACUCUAGUGAACUGGCUAAUGCUCUGGAAUGCAAGCAAGGCUUAGAUGCAAAUGUGCAGAGCUCGGACGGAAAUGGACAAUCAGAAGCGCACAAACUGAGUGAGGACUUGCUGAGGGAACUACAGGGCCAGCUAGAUAGUAAACAUAGUCGUAUAGUGGAGUUGGUGAGCGAUGUGGAGAGCCAUAAACUGGAGUGUGUUCAACUGAGGCAGAGCUUAGAAGAGCAGAGGCAAAGCCUACAGAAAGAGUUAGAGGCCGAGCAAGAGGCUGCAAAGCUGGCUGAGACUCAGCUAGAGGAAUUGAUGGCCACGGUGGAAGGUCUUCAGCAGCAGAUACAGGAGAGAGACAUUGAGGUCCGAAGGCACCAGACAGAGGGGAAGCAGCUAAAGGAGACCAUCCAGAGACUUCAGAGCACUGCACAUGAAAGGGUCAAAGAAAGUGGUUCUGAAAGAAGAGAACGUCCAGAAAUAUCUACUCCAAGUAAAAUCCCAGCAAGAAAUGACGUCCAGCUGCAGGCUGGGGACGCCCCAAAUGUUUUGUGCCCUGAUCCUCUGAGUGUGCCGGAUGGUGGACGUGAUACAGAUGAGGCGUCUUUCAGCCUAGACGGCGUCAGGCGGAGGCUGCGACAGGUGUCCGUUAAACUGAGAAAGCUGGCAGCCAAAGCCAGUCAGAGGGUACUGUUUGAGGGUGCAGAUGACGACGCAUUUGCCUGGUCCCAAAACAGCAUUCAAGAUGUUCUGUCUCAGCUCGAGCACGUAGCCAUGUUGUCACUCCAAGGACAGAACUUGGUGCUACCACCAGGAUUACCGGCCAACACGCUCACCGAGAAGCUGCUGACUCAGAAUGCUGAACUGACCGGCUACGUCAGCAGACUGACUGGGGAGAAGAACGAUCUGCAGAACGCCUUACUCAGACUGGAGGGUGAGGUCUCUCGCCAUAGAGCCAAAGGAUCAUCUGGAGACUAUUCUGCCCAGGAUAACACAGUGACCAUGGAAGCGUUUGCAGCAGAGAGAGAAGCGUGGAACAGAGAGAAGCUGAAUCUGCACAAGUCCCUGAAACAGACAGAGGCCGAGCUGUCCAAAGUAAAAGUGGAGCUGCGGAAUGAAGCCAUACAGAGGGAUCUAGGACGGGACACAGAGAAUGUAGCCCUGAAGAGAGUGUAUGGCAAAUACCUGAGGUCGGAGAGCUUCAGGAAAGCCCUGGUGUACCAGAAGAAAUACCUGCUGCUGUUACUCGGCGGGUUCCAGGAGUGUGAGGAAGCCACUCUGGCUCUCAUUGCCCGGAUGGGUGGCCGUCCGUCCUACACUGACCUAGAAGUUGUCACAAAGCAUUCUAGAGCCUUCACCCGCUUCCGUUCUACUGCCCGAGUGGCAAUAGCCAUUUCCAGGAUGAAAUUUCUGGUGCGGCGCUGGCAACGAGCUACUAGUCCCGGCACAGGCGGUGUGAACCGAAAUGGUUUUGGACAAAACAUAGGUAAUGAGGUGAGGACGGACUCGCCGUAUCAUCCGGCCGGCAGUGUUGAUUUGUACGGGGAGCAGAGGCUUUCUUCAUGUCGGUCACGAUCAGGCUUCGAUUCCCCACAGUCCACUGUGAAUUCCCAACAUAGGUAUAUUUCAUCGGAACUGAGUCCCUGCUCCCAUCUUCAGCAUUAUGAUCCCGACAGGGCAUUAACAGACUACAUAGCCCGGCUGGAGGCCUUGCAGAAAAGACUAGGGAGUGUGCCGUCAGGGUCAAGUGCAAACAACACAACACACUGCGGCAUUAGAAGAUAAUGUCCUUGCAAUACUUGAAUUGCCUUCUGUAAGACUGCUGCUUCUGUUCACACGUAUUGUGUAUGUUGUGGGACCAACAUCCGCCCCGUAGAACAAUCGGAUACAGCAAAGCCGCAUCGAGCAUUCUGACAUUUCUGUAUAUCCGCUUUCUGUGUUUUAUUUUGUUUUUUGUUUUAUUUUUGUUUUUUUUAAAUCAGCUGUCAAUGACCUGUACAUUUUGUGGAUUUCUAAUUUAAAUGAUUAACUUAUACGUAUUUAUCAAGAGGGUGAAAGGAACUUUUAUGUAUUAUGGAACAGGAGGCCUUGCUUGGAGGCUGAAAUUGAGACUGUCUUGUCCGAAUAUUUGCUACUGGCAUUGCAAAAGAUAUCCUAUGUAGAGAACUAUUUUUGUAAUGGUAGAAGUUUUGAAUUUUAUGGGUAUUUUGUCAAAGUACUGAAAUAAAUUUCAUCAAUUUCAACAA